AUGAAGAUUCUCAUUACAGGAGCUGGAGGUUUCCUCGGCCAACAUUUGGCAAGAGAGCUGCUCUCAAAUCCCGAGCACCAGGUAAUCCUGACAGACAUCGUCGACGUACCGGUGCCGAAGGGAUCAAAGAACCCACACAAUGCCACCACGGUCAAGGCAGACCUCCUGAAAGACCAAAGCGUCAUCACAUCGGACCUCGACGCCGUGUAUCUCUUCCACGGCAUCAUGUCGGCGGGCUCUGAAGCCAACUACGACCUGGGCAUCAGCGUCAACCUCGAAAGCACACGAAUCAUCCUCGACAAACUACGACACACCAAACCCGGCGUCCGCGUCAUCUACUCGUCCAGCCAGGCCGUCUACGGCCAGCCUCUGCCCAAGAUCGUCAACGAAUCCACCUUACCGACGCCGGAGGGAUCGUACGGGUCCGCGAAACUGAUGAUCGAGAUCCUCGUCAACGACAUGACGCGCCGCGGACUGAUCGACGGGAUUGUGCUGCGCUUCCCAACCAUCUCGGUGCGACCGGGAGCCCCAGCACCGGCGGCCAGCGCAUUCAUCUCGGGCAUCAUCCGCGAACCGCUUGCCGGCAUCGAGGCCAAAGUGCCCAUCAAGGACCGCAGCUUCCCGUCCAACGUCUGCUCGCCGAAAGUCCUGAUCGCGAAUCUCAUCCACGCACUGACCCUGCCGUCGGAUGCACUGCCCAAGCAUAAACGCGUGGUCAACGCGCCAGGGCUGACGGUCACGAUCCAGGAGAUGCUCGAUGCGCUCGUCAAGGUCGGCGGUGAGGAUAAGUUACAGUAUGUCAAGGAGGAGCAUGAUGAGGCGUUAGUCCGGAUUCUCAAGUCUUGGGCUUACAAUUUUGACAAUUCUUUGGGCCUGAGUUUGGGCUUCAAGGCCCCGGAGAGCUUCGAGGCUGCUGUUAGGGAGUAUGUGGAGUUUUUGGAGGAGGAGAAGUCUUGGAAGUAA